CCAAAAUGGCGGCACCCCGAAGGGGGGGGGGGGUGCUUUUGGUAAUCGGCUGGGAUUGGACAAAUGAACACAUUCGGUGGAGACCAAGCUCCCGUGUCUGGUGUCACGUGGGACUGCUGCUGAAGCGCCAGCACCUCCUUUGGUCCAGCCGAGUACUGCACUUCCGGUUUGCCAGCUGUUUAAGAAGCUUGAAUCAGCCAUUAAUUCCACACAAUGAAGAGAAGUCUUAAAGUGAACUAAAGAUUAUGGACAUCUGAGAUGCAGAGCUGUGCACAGGAGCAGGAAAUGAGGGCUGUGAACGUGACAGCUGGCCGAGUCCCGACUUUCCGCUUGGUGGUGUUGGAGCAUGAGUCCAGGAUGGGAGGAGGACCCGGAGGGCAGGAAAAAGGUGCUCAUGAGGCGCAUUCUCCCCAGAUUGUGCCGGCAUUGCUCUGCUCGGAGACGGUGUGGCAUUCACGGUGCUCGUCAGCCUCCUCCUCCUCUUCCUCAUCGUCCUCAUCAUCCCGCACGGUUGUCAACUCGGUGCGCGCACGUCCACGCGUAAGAGGUAGGAAAAAAACACACGGUGUCACCAAAUCUUUGGGCGGGAUUCCAUCAUCGCUGCGCACCAAGCGAGGGAACUAAUUGGCUCUUUUUUUUCCUCUUCCCGCCAGCGCUUCUCUCCACGUCCGUGUAUCGGCACCGCGGUCCUCGAACACGCGUGGGGUUUAUUGGAAAUACUGUUUCUAGGAAGCCAAACCUCAUGCUUAGGGACGAAUAGGAUGCACAUUGGUCCUUGAACGCACCUCCGACGCAAAUCCCUCUCGAAAGGACUCUCCGGAGCUUUUGGGGUCUGAUUUCUCCAAAUCGUGGAGAGGGUCGUUGUUGGAUUGUAGGGUGUUUUUUCUUCUCAUCCAACAGAACAUCACUGGGACUUUAGCGGGGACACUCAAGCUCAUUUUUGGAUCUUUCAGCAGCUUCACGAAGCAACCUUUUGUGGUUUUUCUUUUUUUUUUUUUUUUACCCCUCCUGCCGCCACCACUGCGUGAAUUUGGAAUAAAUUAGCGCUAAGAUUGGACAAAGUGAGACGCGACGCCGAGGAAUCCUGCAUAGCCAACCUGAACUCGGCAUUCGUCUGACUUUUGGUUCCCUUCAAGUCAAGCAGCAGGAGGAGCAUCCGGAGCACCGCCAUUGUGGUGAUUGUGUGGGUUGUGCUUUUUCGCGGCACGCCACCAGCACUUCCUGGGGAGUAGUCGGCAUCCACCUGAAGGAGACGGAGAUCUGAGACCCGCAAUGGAGACCACAGCUUGAUAUUUGUGGACUGGGGACCCGAUCAACAAUGGAGCGGCUGGUUCUGUGUGUGCUGCUCUGUGCCGCCUUGGUGAAGGGCUACAGUUGUCCGGGCCGCUGCAUCUGCCAGCAUCUGUCACCAACGCUGACGCUCCUCUGCGCCAAGGCUGGCCUCCUGUUCGUACCGCCCACCAUCGACCGCAAGACGGUGGAGCUGCGCCUCACUGACAACUUCAUCACGGUCAUCCGCAGGAAGGACUUUUUCAACAUGACCAGUUUGGUUCAUCUCACGUUGUCCCGCAACACCAUCAGCCAGAUCACGCCCCACGCCUUCUUAGGCCUGCGCUCGCUCCGGGCUCUGCACAUGGACGGGAACCGCCUCAGCAUUAUCAAGUCUGACCAUUUCAAAGGUCUGAACAAUCUGCGGCACCUCAUUCUCGGGAACAACCAGAUCCACCAAGUGGCUCCCAGCUCUUUUGACGAGUUUGUGUCCACCAUCGAGGACUUGGAUCUGUCCAACAACAACCUGCGCAGCCUACCCUGGGAAGCCAUUGCCCGGAUGACCAAUAUUAACACUCUCACCCUGGACCACAACCUUAUCGACCACAUCGUCACCGGCACCUUUACCCUUCUCACCAAGCUGGUCCGCCUGGACAUGACCUCCAACAGGCUGCAGAAGCUGCCCCCUGACAGCUUGUUCCAGCACGCUCAGGUUCUGUCCGACGCCAAGGGCUCCAGCCCCUCCACCCUGGCAGUCAGCUUCGGAGGAAACCCGCUUCACUGUAACUGUGAGCUGCUGUGGCUCCGCAGGCUCACCAGAGAAGAUGAUCUGGAGACCUGCGCCUCACCGGAACAUCUCAUGGAUAAGUACUUCUGGUCCAUACAAGAGGAGGAGUUCAUCUGUGAGCCGCCGUUGAUCACCAAACACCUCUCCACAAAGCCCUAUGUGAUGGAAGGACAGGGGGUCACGCUUAAAUGCAAAGCGGUGGGCGAUCCUGACCCGGAGAUCCACUGGCGCUCACCGGACGGGAAGCUGGUUCACAAUAACUCCCGCACCAUCCUGUAUGAAAAUGGCACCCUUGAUAUUCUUAUCACCACCCUGAAGGACAGCGGGGCGUUCAACUGCGUGGCAUCCAACGCCGCAGGCAUCGCCACGGCCGCCGUGGAGAUCAACAUGAUCCCCUUACCCUUGUUUGUUAACAACACGGGCCACAUGCGGGAAGACCCGGGCCUCUCGGACAUCACCACCUCCUCCAAGUCGGGAAAUGACACCAAGGGCUACGACAAGCAGGACAGGCGAGUAGUGGUCUCCGAGCUCACCUCCUCCUCGGCCGUCAUCCGAUGGCCGUCCGAGCGCCACAUCCCCGGCAUCCGGAUGUACCAGAUCCAGUACAACAGCACGGCUGACGACACGCUGGUGUACAGGAUGAUCCCCUCCACCAGCAAGAACUUCCUGAUCAACGACCUGGCAGCGGGGCGCGAGUACGAUCUGUGCGUGCUGGCGGUCUACGACGACGGCGUCACGUCGCUGACAGCCACACGUGUGGUCGGGUGCAUCCAGUUCCACACGGCCAGCGAGGUCAGCCAGUGCCGCUUCAUGCACAGCCAGUUCCUGGGCGGCACCAUGAUCAUCAUCAUUGGCGGCAUCAUUGUGGCGUCGGUGCUGGUCUUCAUCGUCAUCCUGAUGAUCCGUUACAAAGCCUACAGCGGCCCCGAGGACAGCAAAGCCAAGGCGGGCUCCAGCACGCCCUCCCAAGCGGUUAACGGCAGCCACCAGCGGCUCCAUCGCUCGGCUUCCAAGCAGCCUUCAGACGAGGCUCAGCAGGAGGCCCAGCUCCCGAAAGAGUGCAUGGCGCUGGUGCUGAAGGUGGACAAUGACAAGAAGGAGGACGCCACAGCUCCCUCUGCUGUCCUGGAGGUGGAGCCGCCUCCGCCGGCAGCCACCAAGAUGAAGCGGAGGACCAGCCUGGAUGCACCGCGUUUUGCCCUGCCGUUCGAGGACACGCAGACCGACAGCAGCCUCACGGGCUCCACCAUGUCGCUGUGCCUCAUCGGCCCCAACGGAGGCCCCACCGAAGCCCCGCGUCUCAAAGACAAAAAGGGGGCCCUAGCCAAUGUGGGGCUGCUCCCGAGCGAGCUGGCACGAACUCGGCACAGAUUCUCCUUCGACGGGGGGGACUACUCCAUAUUUCAGAGUCACAGCUACCCCCGGCGGGCGAGGACGAGGUGGCACCGCUCCACCAACCAGCUGGACACCGAGUCGUCGCCCCUCGCCAACCGCAGGGUGACAUUUAGCAGCACUGAGUGGAUGCUGGAGAGCACGGUGUAGAACCGCGCUGUCAAAAUAAGUCCGGCGCACUUAUUUUAGUCGCCAAACUCUCUGUGAGCCUGCUGGGAGGAAGCACGCGAGAAGAAACACACAUGACCCCUCAUGUCCGCCAUGUCCUUUCUUCUUUAACGCAGCGGUGCCUUAAUUCUCGGAAUAGAGGAUGCUGCUCACUGUCGUCACAAACCUGCCUCUCCGUCGCUUCCUUUUGUUUGUUUUAGCGUCUUUGUGACCCGCCCAGCCGUGGGGUGUUUCUACGUGUUUUUCUCAAAAAAAAAAAAAGAUAAAAGAAAAAAAGAAAAAGUUUUUCAAGUGAAAAGAGCCAGGCGUCUUGUUAUGUCCAUCAUGUUUUGGGUUCUCUGACAAACUUGUGCACAGAAGACACGAAGAUACAAGGACUUGUAUCAACUCCAGUCUAUACAGUCAUCAUUUCAAGAGAAAAAAGAAGAGCAGUAUUUUACACGUGCUGAUUUCUAACAAUGCCAUCGAACUGGAUGACGUUACGUCGCUCUUGUUCCAGAUAUGACUGCAUAUUAUCUGGCUGGUCUAGAGCAAAAGACAAGAAAAAAGUCCUAUAUAAGUAUAUUCAAACAUUGGUGUAUGUGUACUAACUAUGUAAAGACAGGAAGUCAUAUGUCACAUGACUUUUUACAAAGCAUUUGAGUGUUGGCUGCAAGUUUUUACAUUAAAAACCUGUGUCAUCACACCUCUGUCUGUCUAAUGCUGGCCCGUUUAUGCAUGGAUGGUGUGUGGGUGAUCCCUUGCAUCAAAAAGGAGGGCGGCGGGGCUGGUGGGGGGCACAUAAAGUUGAGCUGAUGAAUAUUUAAUCGGCGGGAACUAUUUAUAUAGAUGGCACUUGUGUGAAAAGCUGCAGCGUUGAGCAGAGAGCGGGAAUGUGGAACGACGGGGGACAUGAUAACUGGAUGUUAAGUGGAUGAGCCAGGGUGACUAACGAGAUGGAGGUGGCGAUUGCCGCCGCUAGGGGGAGACAAAGCCGUGGCAGGACACGACGCUAAUUAUUGGUUUGCUUUGAUUUUAAUUGGCAUGGUCACGGAGUUAUUAAUAAUAUUAUUAUUGUGUCUCGCAGGGGGCAGCACUGUGUCAUACUCAGGCCUGCCUAGUUAGCUCCAUGCAAAAAUAUGAUCUAGUCAGCAUGCUGCACCACAAUAAAACCACAAGAGUAUACAGGGGUGUCCAAAGUGCAGCCCGGGGGCCAUAUGCGACAACUACUUUUUAUUGGCCUGCAGCACAUUUUGAAAUGAUAUACAAAUAAUAAUUUAACACAACCUCACUUAUGGUCAUAAGUUUUGGGUCAUAACUAAAAGGACAAGAUCGUGCAUGCAAGCGGCCAAAAUGAGUUUUCUCCUUCGGGUGGCUGGGCUUGUUGUUACAUCCUGUAGUGUGUGGGAUGCUUUUGUGUGUGUUUUUUUUCUCUGCUGAGUGGUGGCACCCAGGUGUGUCUGAUUGCCAAUCAGGUGGAGCCUCCAUUUAGGUGGCAGACAGCAAGCAGGGCUCUCUGGCUUCUCUUCUAUCAUGAAAAACAAAGUCAUGUUUUUUUUUUUAAUUAGGUUUCAGAAAAAGUAAAGUUAUCAUCUUAUGAGAAUAAAGUCAAAAUAUGAAUGGGAGUAAAAUCCUAAUUACCAGAAUUACGUACCAGAAGAAACUUGAAACAGCAGAUAAGAAAAAAUAUCCGUUAGCUGUAAUGUUAGGACAAUAAAGUCAAAAUAUGAAGCCAAAAUAACCUCAACAUAUUCUCAGAAAAAUAAUGUCAUUUUAGAAGAGUUGAAAUAUUCAAGGGGGAAAAAAGUAGUAAUAUGACUUGUAAUAA